AUGGACGAAAACCAUAGAAGUGCUAUUUCUAUGCUCCCACUCCGUUUUCAUGCGUCGCAUGCUAUUGUUAACUUUACGCCACAUAAAUCAUGGCCGCCAAAUCGUGUCUCGACGGACAUUUUCUUCCUCAUCAGUGAAUAUCUGACCAGGUCUGACCUUGCUCGGCUUCGACUUGUGAACCGCGAGUUUGCGCAUAAGCUAGAGUAUCUGUUCUUCUACCAGGUGUCAGUUCCGUUUUCCCCAGAUUUCUACGUGGCGAAAACGACCAAGGAGGAUGACGUGGGCAUUUUCGAAAGAGUCGGGUCCAACAUCUCGAGGUUUGCUAUCACUGUAGAUAUUGAUCAAGGUAAGGGUGUCCUCGUCCUCCUCACAUUGAAUCCGUUUCCACUUAUUGAUCUUCGUCGUUUACCAGCUGCUCUAUUCUUGCCUCCCCUCCCUGCCAAUCCUAUUUGUCCAAACUUGGUUGGCUGGGCCGCGCAUGGCCGGUUAGAUCGUGACCGGGUACUGUAUCAACGACUGAGAGAUAUGGAGCUGCUCGCAUUCCGUCAACGUCGGAUGGCCAAAGCAUUUUCCCACCUGAACGGCGUAAAAGAAAUUGCCCUUAGCUUGAACACUGGGCUGGGAUGGCUGCCGCCACCAGUCGUCUACCGCUUCCAACCUGUCUUUCAGCAACCCUCUAUUGUUUUUCGAGAUAAGCAUCCCCACCUGUCUUCAAGCCAAUAUAUUAUGCCCGAUAGCGGUGCUCGAUCAGGCACAAGAAUUGCCCCUGCUCCAUAUGUGUUCGCACCGGCUGGUGAGAAAGAAGUGACAACCUGGUAUGGUACAGAUGGCUCGCAAUUCUGUGAUGCCUGUCGCGAUCAGGCUCAGCUGGAACUGUUAAGUGAAACUUCGCAUAUGAUAAAGCAAUUCCUGGACUCUUUCUUCCCAGCAGCCAUAACCAAUACCCACGUGUUCCAGAAUCUCCAUACUCUGACCUUUGCCGGCAUUUCGUCCAAGUUACUAGAGGAAUUUGGUCACCAUGACAAGUUUUUCACUUCGUUCAGCACCGUGAAAACGCUGACCAUACUCGUGUACCCCGACUGGAGGGAAUUUGACGGCACAAAUCUGCGAUCUAUCCUGCCGAGUGGCGCAUGUAUCAAGUUCUUUAAACUUCUCAAGGACCAGGUAGUGUCUCUCCCGAAUAUUGAGUCGCUGACGCUAGGUUACAUUGGAGGAGGAGAGUAUGCAAACGGACUUUUGGCCCGCAACAGAUACAUCCUUCCUGCUCCGAUUAUGGGAGCACCGAUGCAAGCGGCCACUGGAAAUGUGAAAGAAGGAGUUUUGGCGUUCAAUCACGUAAAAUCACUGACAUUCGAAAACUGCUGGUUUUCGCCCACAGCACUGAAACGAUUCCUACAGAUGUCGCAAAAGAGUGCCUUGGAGAGAUUGACGUUUGAUUCGUGCUCUUUGGUUUCAACUCCUGGCCGCAGACAUUGGGCACCAACCCGUUCUGGCUGUUCCACUGUCGGGCCACCGCAGGGAUACAACCGCCGACUCCCUAGCGGGUCAUGGAGUUCAAUUCUUGCGCAGUUCGGGCCGCAUCUCCCGAUAACAGAUAUGCGUCGUCUCCCUUUACCUAGUCAAGUGGACUUUUCCAACUUGAAACUGCGACAGCACAGCCCUCCUGUGAAUCUUCAGCGGAUGCAGUUCAUUUCCUGCGGGUAUGCUCUACUUGGCGAUUUUUAUCACCAAACCAACCUCGUUUUGGACGACUACAGCAACCAUAGAAGACAGGCAGAUGCUGAAGCUCGUCUGCGCAACACGGUGCAGGACGUGGACGUGAGUCAAGUACCGGUAUACGCUCCCUUUACUCGGCGAGUGUACACCGAAGAUCCGCUUCUUGGGAGUAUUAUCCAGUCGAUCGACGCGCGUGAGGAGUUUAUGUUGAAAUGGGGAUUUGGAUUUCGUCUUGGUUGGCCUGAAGGAGAUGGGCUCUGUGAAAGUGUGGAAGCAGACGGGUGGAGACGUGGAGGGACCGCGAGGUUUUCCGGAGCGCUUUUCUAUCCGCGGAAGGAAGACAUCGAGAAAUCGACCAUGUGCAGCUGGGAUCCCGAAAUAUAUCAUGUUCAGACUUGA